AGAUGUUUUGAUAUACUUUAAUCCGAGCAUGGAGCAGCCUGUAAAUCUCAAACACUAGUCUUGUUAGUGUUGUUUUGUCCUCUUCUAGUGGAUUUACGAGUUAAAGCUCGUGCUCCGGCUAACUUAGCUGCUGUAAGUUAGCUCGUGGGAUAAAGCCAGAAAUAACUAAACGCGAGUCUCGUGCCAGAUCACCGAUAGAUCAUCGCGAGCUGGUAAAGUUUUUACUUCUGGUCGCUUUUUUGCAUUGGAGGCUUUUCUUUAACGCACAAACUGUUCGUAUAUCACUUAUAACGUCACUACUUGUACUUUGUAGUAAAGUUACACUUUCCUUUCGCCGGAUCUAAUGAUAAUAAAGCAGGAGUGUAAAUAAAUAGCUGUUGUCUUGAGAUGUGGCCUGCGUUUGAUUGACAACCAUGGGAGGAUGCGUGGGGCGCGAGCGCGCGGAGACACGGGGACGCGGAUCGAGGACGCAGAGGAAACGUGGAGGUCGUAAUGAGCCGCUGAAGAAAGACAAGCCCAAGUGGAAGAGCGAUUAUCCCAUGACGGAGGGGCAGCUCCGCAGUAAGAGGGAUGAGUUCUGGGAUACGGCGCCGGCGUUUGAGGGCCGCAAGGAGAUCUGGGACGCCCUGAAAGCGGCUGCUGUGGCUCUGGAGUGUAGUGAUCAUGAACUGGCUCAGGCUAUAGUGGACGGAGCCAACAUCACAUUACCACAUGGAUCCCUAACAGAGUGUUAUGAUGAACUGGGCAACCGCUACCAGCUCCCGGUUUACUGCCUGGCUCCACCGGUCAACCUGAUAUCUGAAAGAAGCGAAGAAGACCUGACAGACAAUCCCGAACCGCAGACGACCCAGAAGAAAGAGUUUCAGCUGAAGGUUCGACUCUCCACCGGUAAAGACCUGCGUCUGAACGCCAGCAUGAGCGACACCAUCGGCCUGCUGAAAAAACAACUACAAGCUCAGGAGGACAUUGAUAUCGGCCACCAGCGCUGGUUCUUCUCUGGAAAGCUUCUCACGGACAAAACCCGCCUGCAGGACACCAAGAUCCAGAAGGAUUUCGUCAUUCAGGUCAUCGUGAACCAACCCGCACCAAACCACUGAGACCGAACUGCAAUGAAAAAUAAAGGACCAAAACACACACACACACACACACAAACCCAAAUCAAGCAACUCAAUCCUGCUGUUUUAAAGGGAAUUCUGGGUAUUAAUACUUGUAUGACUUAGUUUAUAAGGAUGGUUCAUCUGAAAAUGAUAGUUCGGUCUUCAUUUACUCGGCCUUUACUUGUUUCAGAGCUUUGUGAGUAUCUUAUAAAGUACAUUUAAAGAAGAUAUUUUGAAAAAUGUUUUAAACCUGUAACCAUUGAUUGGCUUUCAAAGUAUUUGUUUUUCCUAUUAUGGAUGUCAGUGGUUACAGGUUUUUCAGCUUUCUUUAAAAUAUCAUCUUUAGUGUUGAAUUAAACCGAGUGCAGAAAUCUGUGUUUAAUAAAAAGUGUAAAGGA